AGGGUGGAGGCGGCUGCAGUGGUGGAGGUGGUGGUUCUGGUUGUUCUUUUAAUUUAAAAAAAGAAAAAAGAAAAAAAGAAAAAAAGAAAAAUGAGUUCAGACAGCAGGAGUCGAUCCAGGAGCAGAAGCAGGAGCCCCAUGGAUCGCAAGAUCCGUACCCAUCGAAGCUCUUAUCGUGAUGCUCCUUACAGAAGGGAUUCUCGUCGGGGUGGUUACAGCCAAAGUAGUCUGUGUAAGAACUGCAAAAGACCAGGACACUAUGCUAGAGAAUGCCCUAAUGUUGCCAUUUGUCACAAUUGUGGACUUCCAGGGCAUAUUGCAUCAGAGUGUACCACAAAGUCCUUAUGUUGGAACUGUAGAGAGCCCGGGCACAUGGCCGGAAACUGCCCGAACGAGGGGAUCUGCCACACGUGUGGGAAAACCGGCCACCGUGCGAGGGAAUGCUCCGCUCCUCAGAUGCCACCUGGCGACAUGAGACUCUGCAACAACUGCUACAAACAAGGCCACAUCGCUGCUGACUGUACAAACGACAAGGCGUGUAAGAACUGUAGGAAAACCGGCCACCUGGCGCGUGACUGUCUCAACGAUCCGGUUUGCAACUCGUGCAAUGUGGCAGGCCAUGUGGCUCGGGACUGCCCGAAGGGCAGCACGGGUGGCGAUGAGCGUGGCGGCCCACGUGGCGGGGGUGAUAGGGGUUCGGGUGGUGGUUUCCGGGACAUUGUGUGUCGGAACUGCCAGCAGGUUGGGCAUAUGAGCCGUGAUUGUGUGGCGUUGAUGAUCUGUCAUAAUUGUGGUGGAAGAGGACACCUGGCGUUUGAGUGCCCGUCCGGGCGGUUUAUGGACCGGUUUCCAAGGAGGUACUGAUGAGAGGGAUUCCGGGCAGAUGGCGGGCAGGUAACAUUGGCUGUUUUUUUACUGCGUUUUGGUGUUUGGGAAUUUUCUUUGGUAGAGAGAUUUGAAAGUGAGUUUCGGGUGUUGAGUUUUAAUUUUGUAUGAUUUAAAGUGAGUUUCGAGCACAGCUUGAUGUUAUUGCUGUAGUUUUAUUUUGAAAUGAUAGUGUAAUCCUAAAUCCUAAUCCUAAUAAUAAUGUUGGAAUUCUGUGUGUUGCCUUUUCAUGUUA